UGUCUCUCAGGCACUCACAGAGAGAGAAGAAAGGAGUGAAGAGAUUGAAGGAAGCAGAAAGAGAUAAUGAGUACUGUAGCCUUCACCCCAACACCUUUGAAUCCUUCCUUCAAUUCUCACAAAUUCGUGAGAACCAAACCCAACAGAUUCUCACUCCAAUCAAAAGCCAUCGUAACCUCAGAUCCCUUCGUUUUAGAACUCGCAGAAACCCUCGAAGACUCUCUACCUUCCUCAACAGCCCCUCUCCAGAAGCUUCGAGAAGCUUCCUCCGAAUCACUCCUCUCAACACCAUGGCCUUCCCGCAGAGACGAGCCUUUCAGGUUCACCGAUCUCUCCUUCCUCCGCUACUCCAACAUCCUCCCCGUUUCUCAACACCCUCCCACCACCACUCUCCCCACCGCCGCCGACUCCACCUCCUUCCUCUCACUCAACAUCGCUGACGGCCACCCCGUCACGCCCCUCUCCAACUCCUCCCAGCUUCCACAAGGCGUCUACGUAGGCACUCUGUCCGCUCUCGCAUCCACCCCCAUAAUUGACCGCGUAACGGAGCUCAUGUGCGCUUUCGACGCCGGCGAUCUAUUCUGGUCAAUCAACGGUGUCGGUGCUCCCGACGCCACGGUGGUGUACGUGCCGGAAGGGUGCCGCGUGGAUACUCCCAUCUAUUUGAGGUACUUGGCCGUCGAGGGAGGUGCGGAGGGCUCGAAGACGAUGCGAAUGUCGAAUCCGAGAGUGGUGGUGGUGGUGGAAAAGGGCGCCGAAGUGGGUAUCAUCGAGGAGUUUUCGGCUGCGGAAGAAGGGAAUGACUGUUAUUGGACAAACUCCGCUUUGGAGGCGGUGGUCGGAGAAGGUGCUAAGCUUACUCAUUCUUAUAUUCAAAACCAAUCAUCGAGUUCUGCACAUAUCAAGUGGACCUCUAUUCGCCAGGAAUCAUCUAGUACAUAUGAGCUUACAGAGAUAAGCACGGGAGGAAAAUUGGGGAGGCACAAUCUUCAUAUACAACAGCUUGGCCCAGACACGGUGACUGAGUUAUCAACCUUGCACUUGUCUGUUGGUGAUCAGACACAGGAUCUGCAUAGUAGUCUGGUCUUGGACCACCCCCGGGGCUAUUCCCGUCAACUUCAUAAAUGCAUUGUGGCACAUUCAAAGGGACAAGCUGUUUUUGAUGGCAAUAUCAAGGUUAACAGGUAUGCUCAGCAGACAGAUGCUGGACAGUUAACAAGAAGCCUUCUCCUCGAGCCUCGCGCUAGCAUAAAUGUAAAACCAAAUCUCCAAAUUGUGGCUGAUGAUGUCAAGUGCUCCCAUGGAGCUGCGAUAAGUGAUCUAGAAGAAAGCCAACUCCUGUAUUUCCGAGCACGUGGCAUCGACCCAAAGUCAGCUAGAAGAGUUCUAAUAUUUGCCUUUGGAGGGGAGGUGAUAGAGAAGUUGCCUUACCCUUCCAUCAGAGAGAGAGUACGAAGUCAGAUUAAAAGUUUACUAGAUCCAUCGCCAAAAUGAUCAUAAAAUUCUGAAUCGAAACCAAAGCAAAGGUCCUUUAUUUGUGAUGGUUCUGGACUCCCAUUGGUUAAGAAAGAAUGAAAAGUUUACUGUGUAUUAAAUCAAUAACAUUUGGUGCAUCCUGUAUAAUUAUGUAUAACUAAUUUAUAGUUGUAUUUGUUUUCUUAAUGGUAAAUGCAUUUGUUAAAUAAUGUAA